CGGCCGCUCGUUUAAAAGAGGACGGCACGGGGACAAGGGAGGGACCUUCGGCCCGUCCCGCCCCGCUGGGCCCUGCAGCGGGGACAAGCGCCGCCGCCGCGGCCCCCGUCGGGCGCUCAAAAAGGGGACGGGGCGGAACAGCGGCGGGACUCGCAGCGGUUGCGGGGGAAGCGGCCGUCGGGCUUCGCACCCAGGGCUGCCCGGCAGGAGCGACGGAACCAGCCAGCACCCCGAGCACCGCCAAGGCGCCCUCUCCUCCCCGCCGAGCAGCAGACCAGCACUCCCGGGGAGCGGCGCCACUGACGGCCGCGGGACCCACCUCACCGCGACCGCCACAGCCUGCCCGGCGGAGACACAGGCCCCCGGAACUAGGGUCUGAAGGCACCAUGACCAUGCUCAAGCUGUUCCUCAUGGCCUUCAGCUUCAUCUUCUGGGCAGCAGGGCUGACCAUGCUCAUCAUUGGCAUCUGGGCCAAGGUGUCUCUGGGGAGCUACCUGGCACUGUCAGCCAACGACUACCCCAGCGCUCCUGCCAUCCUCGUGGCCACCGGUGUCACAGUCAUCAUCUGGGGCUUCCUGGGCUGCUUCAGUGCUGCCACAGAGCACCGGGGCCUCCUGCGCACCUACAGUGCCUUCCUGACCGCCGUGCUGGUGGCUGGGGUGAUGGCAGGACUCUCAGCGCUGCUCUACCGCCAGAACGUUGCGCAGGGUUUCCAGAAAGGGCUACACCAGGCUCUGCUUGCCUAUGGGGAGGACGAAGGGAUGGCGGAUGCCUUGGACGCUUUGCAGCAUGCCUUGUCCUGCUGCGGUGUGGAGAGCUAUCGCGACUGGCUCACCUUGCCCUGGGGGCUGGAGCACAAUGGCUCGGUGCCCCUCAGCUGCUGCCGGGCCCGCCGGGGUUGCCAGCACAGCCCACCCAAUGCACACUGGCUGCACCAUGACGGUUGCUUCAGCAAGGUGUCAGCCUUUGUCAGUAGCAACAUGUUUUAUAUUGCCACGGCUGCCCUGGGGCUGGCACUGCUGCAGCUCAUCGGCAUUGUGCUGGCCUGCCUGCUGGCUGCCCGCAUCCCUGCCCACCGGCUGGGCAUCUCCAACCCUUGCUGAGAUCCCUCUGGUCCUGUCCCUUAUCAAUUCCAACUAAUUUCUUUCCCUAAACCUGGGUGUACCCCAUUGGGAAAAGCCUCCCUUCAUAUUCCCCACUUCCACUUGAGCUUACCUCUCCAGACUCUGUUCCUCCUCUGGAGCCUGUGUCAGGUGCAUCAAUGACACAGGCAUCUCCAUGGCCCCUCAGAGCUGGGAAGGUGUGUCCUGGCCUGGCUGUGUAUUCUGCAGGGCAGUGGGUCCCCACAGCCUCCCUGGAGCCUCUGGACUGCUUCUGCGGAGAGUGGUGGCAGCAUGGACAGACAUCACCCUCUGGGGCAGUGGGAGGACAGACGUGUCAAGGCUGACAGAUUUUCUGGGUGAUGUAAACAUCCUGAGGCACUGAAAUAGGGCCCAGGAAAGCAGAGAGGGUCUGGGAGAGCAAGAUAAGUGUCUGUCAGCAUUACACUGGGUGAGUGUUCUUCUGAGACUGGAAAAUUAUGUUACUGGAAAACUGCGAGAGUGCACAAGGGCCAGGUUUGGUCCAAGACAGCCAUGCCAGCAGCUGCCAUCGAGGGCUGCUUGAGGGACUGCCCAGCAGUGUGCACCCCACCACUGCAAAGCUGUCCUGCCUUUGCUGUGUGCAGACUCAAGCUGUCCGGCUGCCAUGGGUGCUUUUCCCGCUGUGGUGUUCCCGAUGCUGAUCUCCAUCUAAAGGUGGAGCUACAGCUCCAAGUGCUGCUCCCUCCUUCAGGAUGUGCCUGUCUGCUUUAGUCAGGCUUUGCCAGUUAUGCCAUUGCAGGGCUGAGAAACCUUAAACUGAGUCCCUGUCGUACAAGAGGAUGGCAAAAGCUGCAGGAUCAGACCUGACUAGGGGUGGCUAGAGGAGGGAAGGGCACAUUGCCCUUCAGAAGUUUCUUUUGGGCUUUCGCUGUUAACUUCAGGGUGAGAGGAACAGACCUUCUGUUUUAUAGAAGGGGUUCUUAAAAAUCAGCCUUCAGACACUUUUAUCUUCUUCAGAGGAUCUGUCUCUGAAGUGUGCCCCCACCUAUGUUUUUGAAGCCAGCUCUAUACAAACUGAAAGUUAACAGAGAGCCCCAAGACUUGCUGUGUAGCCCUGGGUGUGUGCAGAACAGAGAGCAGUGUAAAUCAACUGGAUUUUGUUUUCCCCAGCAGUUCUGGGCUUGCAUUUGGAGCUUUAGGAAAAGCAAGCCCUGCACUUUAGGAGGUCCUGAACUUCCAGAGCUUCAUCCCUGCUUCUUCCCACUUCCUUAAAACCUGCAAACUGGACUUUUACACCUUUCUCUGCCUCACGGCACAAAGACAUGCUGAAUGCCCCCCUUACCCAGCAAACUGGAGGAGGGAGGUUUUCAGAAAAGAACCAAGAACCACAAAGGAACUCCAGGAUGCAGUAUCUUUUAGGAGCGUGACUAGCAAAGCUGUGGAGAAUGGUCAAAUGCCAGCAAACACCAGCAGGACAAGAAAUCUGCAGUGAAGAAGGUGACUGAUAACUUCAUAGGAGGAGAGGAAAGGGGUUUAGCAGUGAAGCUCUGGUGCCUGCAAUGAAUGCAUGGUGUGAGGGGUGAGGAAGGCUUGGCUCAUUUUCGUCCUUGCUUGCCUCUACUCCUUUUGACUACAUUUUUGGCUUUCUCUUUUCCUCCCACUGAAGAGUGACUAAUGUCUGCAAAAACGAGCCAGACAAAGCCUCUGUCCCAGUGGCACGGGAGGCAAGAGCUUCUCCUCCCGCUGGCUUUGGGAGAUGGAGCUGGCCCUGCCCGCUCACCCUGCGGAGUGAAAGCAAACCCAUCGCAGCCUCUCCCUCAGGAAAACCAGAUCAGACGCAGAGCUACCUCUCCUCCCACUGUUUAAAUCCUCCCAGCUUCUCUACCUAAACUAACCCUGCCUCGGUAUUUCUGUGCUUUCCUCCUGCUGAAAAUAAGCUUCUAGGAUUUUGUUUGAUAAUGCUCCUGGGGGUGAAACCAGAGCGAAACGUGUAUUCACUUGGAAAGAUUCUGAUUUCAGGUAUCUUUACUGCUUUUAACGCUUUAAAAUGGUUAAAAAUACCUUGAAAUGCUACCACUUCCCAAUCUUUUGUGAUAGUGAACCGCGCCCCCCCCCCCCUUUUUUUUUUUUUAAAUUUCCCUCCCACCAGUCUUCUUUUGUUUGGGAGGGGGAGUGCACAAUUCUGUGGUAAAUUUGUUCCACCUGCAGGAUUGUAAGUAUUGCUGACAUGGGGACAGUGCUGCAAUUCGGCCUGCUAGUAACAGUCCCAGGCUCGCUGGGCUGCCUUCAUAAAGGUGCAGUAUUUCUGUGAAGCCGGCUUGCCCAGGAAACAAAAAGGGACUUCUUGCAGCUUAUAUUAAAAAUUGCACAAACUAGAUGGUAGUUGAGAACGUACAAAGCUCAAACCAAAACAAUGUCAAUAGGUGUUUCCGUGUAAAAGUGAUAUUUUACUCUCCAGAUAUGCAAAAUAGUCUAAAGUUUGAAUGAAGUUUCAGCUGAGGACUGCUGAAUCCAGAAGGGUAUUUCAAAGCAAAAAAUCUACAAGGAUCAGCAGGUAGUAUCCAGCACUCACUGCAGUUUGGGCACACAAACUGAUUUUGCCACUGUAUUUAUAAAAAUUAUGUUUGUUCAUGGAAGUAAUUCCCCUGGGUUUAGUUCUCUCAACCAUAGCUCACAAGAACAAAACCAUAAAAAGAGAAACUGGGUUUUCCUUUUUGGAGAGUGAUUCAGGUCUGCAUGGAUGGAGUUAGGAUUCUGGACUGACAUUUGUGUUGUGCUUGGCUGUUAGCUGGGGCUUUAUCUUAACUGACCCUUUUUUCAGAUAGUAGGUGGCUAUGUAACUGUGAUAAUGACAUUGUGGGUGAAGAGUGCAAUGUAAACAGGCUUAUCAGUCAUUUGACUUUUCAUCUGCAUAGAUGAACUCUGGAAAUGUGUUCGGAAUCUCUCUUUAUAGAGAAAACAAUGCUUCAUUUUUAGUGCCACAGUUUAUUGUUUUACAUAAUAUAUAUUUUUUUGUUUGUUUAUAAAUGUCCCUGUAUUAGCAUCACUUUUUUUGGAGUUAUGCACUUGUGGAACUCUUGUUAUUUUCUGGAAAUCAAGGUCAUGUUGUACAGUCUCAAUGAUGGGCAAAAAGUAUAGUUUGUAUAGGAAAUGAUACUUGAGAAAUAAAGUUUAGUAAGUGCUAUGAGCAAAACAAAUCACUGUUCUGAAUCCAAUUUAGUAUUUGUGUGUGUCUCCACAUCGUUCAACUAAGUGCAAGUGAAAUGAAGUGUACACUAAAAUGUAAAGAUAGAAGCAUAUUGUGGUUUGUUUUUUUUUAAAUUCAGAAAAGCCAUUAAGGAAGCAAUAAAACAGGUGCUGUGGAAUGUGUGGGAAAGGGACAUGGAGUUGCACUGGGUUUAUUAUAAUGGUCUUUAUUGGAAUCAACAAGCUUUGAAAAUUUACAAAAAUAUAGCAUUUCUCUUUUUUUCCUCCAUUGAUUCAUAAAAUUAUGUUUGAUCCUGACCUUGAUUACUUUAUAUGACACAUAGCAGGCAGUUGAAAUGAAGGUUGCUGUGAAAACACAUUAAACCAAACCCCUGUGUAGAUAUUAUUAUAACUUCAGUGGAUUUGCUGAUUUUUUUAGUUGCUAAGAAUAUCAAAAUAGGAAUGACAGGACCAAGUUUUAAGCAUGGCAGUGCAUUUUUGUAUGGCAACCAGGUCUGAAUCUCGGGACAUCAACUUAAUGAAUAAUUAAAAAUGCAAAGCAUCCCUAUGCACUCUUGGCCUACACUCGCUGCGAUAGGAUAAACCUUGGCAAUAGCCAUGUAAGUAUACUUAUAUCACCGAAGAUUUCAUGUGAGUUUUAUCUGGAUGUUUAUUGCCAGUUCUUAGAAUAAUAAUUAAUGUUAAUUUUUGUAGAUGUAUGGAAGAAAUGUCAUUCUUCUCUAAUUAAUACCCAAAUAAGCAGAUUUCUGGUAUCUGUUUCAGUUGUCUUGAAUUCUUUGUGCCCUGUGAACAAUUUUUAAUUGAAUUUUUAAAAUUAUCUAGAAACAAUGUUAUUUUUUUAUGGACAGUCAGAAGGGCUGUAAGUGGUAAAUGUUACCCCAGACAGCACCAUCUACCCCUUGCUGGACUACAGAUUUGUUUUCCAUCACCCUCUUCAGUGUAAAGACACUUGUCAAUAAAAACUGAUCCCAUCUUUUACAAAAAGCUUAUCUCAAUUUUAACAUCCCUGGUUAUUUAAUCAAUUAAAAUCAUACUAAAUUAAGUAUAGGAGCAAGCUGUGUUGCAGUUAUAGAAACAAAAGCUCUGUUGUUUGGGCAAACUGAGAUUUAGGAUUAACAGGGUAUUAAGAUUAGACCCUUGUUAUGAAACAAGGACUAUUUUGUAACAUUGAUCUAGAAUGCCAAGAAUAUAACUCCUUCAAACUUCAGAAGUGUUUUGAUAUUUUGUCCAAGAUCAAUUAUUUACCGCACUUGUGUGUAGCUGAACUUCACAUUAUCAAUAAUAUUAACUAAAAAUGGCCUCUAUAACAGAUUGUGAAUUUUCAGAGAAGAGAUGGCUUUGCUGGGGUCAGAAAACUUAAACAAUAGCAGUAAUACUGAGUAAAUCAGAGAAGAAAGAAGAUUGAUUUUGUUAAAAGAAGUUUUUGUAUUUAUUUAUGUAUUUCUCUUAUUAUAAAAUUAUCUUCUUUCUUCUGGAGAAAAUACAGUCACUGCCUUGGUGACUUCCACUGAUAGCAGCGGAUAUUGUCUAAAGCCCUUGACAAGAAGAGCACUCAUCAGUUAUUUCCACUGAUAAAUUACAGUAAAGAUGCCCUUUUUCAUAAAUCCAGCAACCUACAGGACCUUUUGAUAAAUCCGAUAGAAUUGGAACAAAUCUAGAAAUUCAGUGUUUUCCCAAUCAAAUACUUCCUAUUCCAACAAAAAAGACAUCUGUCGGGAAUUGGCUCAAGGAGCACAGACAUGAGUCCACCAAGCAACUGUACGAGCAGAGCCCAUUUUAGUUGACAUAAGUAGGCCUUAGUUAGCUUGUCUAUUAGGCCGUGGGAAAGGGGGGAACGGAAAAGUACUAACUAAGGCAGGGUUAGGAUAUUUUUGAAGAGAUAAGAGUCAGAAGAAUGUGGGAUGCGCAUAGCUAGCUAAACCCAAGUAGGUGGAGUAAGCAAAUGUGCUUAGCCUAUUAGAUAGAGACAAGUAUGCAUAAUUAUGGUAUUUGGUAUAAAUGCAUGCUAUCUCGGGCAAUAAAGUUGAAGUAUGCUUUAUCACUCA